AUCUAUAUACAUUACUAAUUAAGACCAUUUCGAAAAUUUUGGAAACAUAAACAAGUUUUUUUGAUGGGCUGUUCUUGCACGAAAACGCGAAUUCAGCGUGAGGAUCUUGCGAUUCUUGCCGAACAAACUUAUUUUAAUAUUUCAGAAAUAGAAGCAUUAUAUGAUCUCUUCAAGAACUUAAGCAGCUCUAUGGUUAAUGAUGGGCUAAUUAGCAAAGAAGAGUUUCAGCUUGGCUUAUUUGGAAGCAGCAAGAAACGGAACCUCUUUGGCGACAGGGUGUUCGAUUUGUUUGACUCGAAAAAUGAUGGUAUGAUAGAUUUUGGAGAGUUUGUUAAAGCUUUAAGCGUUUUCCACCCUGCAGCGCCGCAACCACAAAAAGCAGCCUUUGCAUUUCGAUUAUACGACAUAUGGCAAAGAGGCUUUAUAGAACGAGACGAGGUAAGAGAGAUGAUAUUGGCACUGCUAAGAGAGUCUGAUUUAGUUCUUUCUCAUGAUAUAAUUGAGCUUAUAAUUGAUAAGGCCAUUAAAGAAGCUGAUUUAAAAGGAGAUGGAAGGAUUGAUAGAGAGGAGUGGGAAAGUUUUGUUGCUCAAAAUCCAUCCUUACUGAGGAACAUGACAAUUCCUUAUUUGAAGGAUUUGAAUAUGCAGUUUCCUGGUUUUUUUGAAAUGAUAUAUGAAGAUAAUGAAGAUAACACAAGCAGCAUUCCGUGAGAGAGAAAAUGUGCCCUAUUUCAUGAUAAGUCCAUAGGUCGUGACAGUUUUCAAUCCAACAUUGGAACUUAUAUGACAAUGAUGUGUAUGUGGUUGCUAAGUGGAGACUAAUAUUUGUCUUAUUUCUAGAGCAUGCUUCUCCUUAUUUAUAGAGUUCAUCCAUUUUCAUGAGCA